AUGGCUGAAGAUGAGAAUGUGGAUGCUUUUUCUAUGACUAAAGAGUUAGCCGAACGAUUAGGUGUGACUGAUCCGUCUUCUGUAAAGAAUGAUGAAAAGACCGGUCAUGCAGCAUCGAGCUGCAUACCUUCCUCAUCAAACGAUGCAACCUUUCCUCAUAAUCACCCUCGAACCGUUUCGAAUCCCAGUAUGGUUUUGCAUAGCCCGUCAUUUUCUCCUUUCUUACAUUUAUUGUAUGAAGAUGAUUUUGAUGUAGCACCAGAAGUUCAGUUAGAGUUUUAUGAAGCCUUGCUUGAAACGGGAUAUAAGCUAAGUGCUCUUGCGAGUCUCGAUAGGAUUGAAUGCGCUUAUGAAGCACUCCUAUAUAUGAACGCGCAAUUACCAAGUGAUCCUUUAGAAAAAGCUGCAAUUUCUAAGGAUCCUAAGGAUUCUUAUACUGCAGCUGAAGCUUUGACGAUAUUUUCGGGCGCAGCCAUGCGGUACUCUUCUACGCGUAGUGUUGACACAUUAAUAGCAGCCCUGCAAGAUGUUGGAAGCAUAAUUGAUGGAGAAGAUGAUAUAAUUGUGAUUGAGCCUGAAAAGGAAUCUAUAAGUCGUUUUGCAAGUCCUGAUGGCUUGUACGCUCUAGCGUGCGCGGCUGGAUUUGUGAAGCUUACUACGAUUCUACUGAAGAUACGCGGACCCACGUUUCGGAAACACUGUGACUCAACACCUCUGAUAGAAGCUUGUGCAUCUGGAUCGUUCCGUACUGUCCAGAAAUUUGUUGAAGCAGGAAUUGAUUUGAAUGUUCUAUCCAGAGCGAAAAACACAGCUCUAAUUUAUACAGCAGCUACAGGGCAUGCCAAGUGCGCUAGGCUUUUGUUGGAAUCCGGGAGAUGUGACAUGUCUCUUUUAAGUGGAGCGGGACAUUGUCCACUUAUGGAAGCAGCUAGAAGUUGGCGUGUGAUGCAACUUUUAAUUGAUCAUGGAGCUAAACAACGCUUUUUCACAUUAAACAGUGAUAUCAAAGAAGGACCAUUAACACUAGCCGCUUAUAAGGGACAUGAGUCUGCUGUGAAAUAUCUCUUGGGUUUAGGAUUAAAUACUGAAGAGGAGUUACGGGUUGCGAUCACGGAAGCAAGCAUGGACGGGCAUGCCGCGGUCGCUAGAGCUCUUCUAGAACAUGGUAGUCCAGUGAAUAUAACUUCAGAUUCGUAUGAAAGUCCUCUCACCUUAGCAUGCAGCGGAGGUCAUGAUGAUCUGGUGAAGCUACUUUUACAAGCUGGUGCUUAUAUCGAAGAACCAAACGACGAAAGCUACACUCCUUUGAUGGAAGCUGCACGAGAGGGACAUUUGGCUGUUGUUCAAGUACUUAUUGAUCAUGGAGCUUGUAUUAAUGCUCAAACAGAAGAAACGGGUGAAACUGCUCUAACAGUUGCAGCUUGUGGAGGAUACACUGAUGUCCUCGAUCUUCUUGUGAGAACCGGUGGAGAUUUAGAACUGGGAGCUAACACACCCUUAAUGGAAGCAGCUCAAGAAGGUCAUGUUGGAACUGUUUUGUAUAUACUCUCCGCGGCACGCUUGGAUGAAGUGUUGUGUCCCAAUAUCCAACAACACUUGAAUGCCGCAUUGUCGAUGGCAGCGGACAGCGGCCAUUUAGAGGUGGUUGAAGUUCUUUUCUCGGAAGGCGCUCAUAUAAACAUGGAAUAUGAGGGUCGCACACCACUUAUGAAAGCAGCAAAGAACGGUAAUACCGAUAUCGUUUCUUUUUUCAUCGGUAAAGGAGUUGACAUAAAUUUAAAAGCACAACCAGGGAAUGACGCUACAGCAUUAUCACUUGCUUGCACAACGGGAUAUAAGGAAGUUGUCAGGCUCUUGCUUGAAGCUGGAGCAGAUCCUAAUAUUGAAUUAAAGGAUGGUGUCACAUGUAUUUUGGAAGCUGCAAAAAAUGGUUUCGUUGAAAUAGUAGAACUACUCCUAGAUUACGGAAUAGCUUUCUCAACUUCGACUGUAUCAGCCAGCGCGAAGCCUAUUGACGCGGUUUCCCUCCCAGACUCUUCUCUGAAUGAUCUUAGUUCGGGCUCCUGUCCAACACCAAAUCGUAGAAAACAGUCCUUCAGCUCGCACUUACCCAACUAUCUACCGCCAGGCAUGCUUCCGGAAAACCCACAAAAUGAUCCUGCGUUUACUGAUGCCGAGUGGGCGAAAGUUUAUUAUGGAUGGCUCGCAGCUUUAUACAAUCUACGUCAUUCUGGUCAUUCUACGAAUGAUCGUAUUCCCCUCGGUUACGAUUAUGGGAUGGUACAACCGAACUUAGAUGUCCAUACUCAGCUGACCAUUGAACAAGUUCAAGCUUUAGCCAAUUACGUUGCUACAUUGCCAGUUCCAAUAGGGCCUUCUCUGGAGAAAUCUCUGCAUUCUCCCUUUUCACCAAACAAUGAUCUCCUCGAUUUGGACCAUGUUGAGAACUCAUCUUUCAUAUCUAGAGUGAUGAACAAAUUGACCAGGGAUAAGAAAAGUUCUAAUAUCUCUUUUUCCACUUCCACAACCUCAACCAAACCUGCGCCCCUAAAUGCAACGAAUUUGAAUGUUAUUGGAAUGAAUGAUUCUCCAAACAAUCAAGGAUCGUUUACGUCAUCACAUGAAGUCCAAGUUGAAUUAGACAAGUCAACAAGCUCUUCCGUUAAUUCGUCGUUUCCUGUCAGCAAAAGUCAGACUGUAGCUAGCUGCUCGGAAGUAUUAUGUAUUCCUCAACCUGCCAGUAUAAAAACAGUAUCGAUCGAAUCUAAAGACUACUGCGAGCCUGUUCGAAACUCUUCUUUUGAUUAUUUUGACACGUUAAAUGAGUUAGGAGGGAAAAGAGAAGUCAGUCCUGCUCAAGCCAUUGCCGUUGAUGUUGAUGAGUCUCUGGGAGAAAUCAACGAGCCAAUACUAACUGGAGUUAAUAACGGAAGUGAUGAUUAUGGCAAGCUAGAUAUUGUUUCGUCCACACUAACUCCUUCCUCCGCUGAUUCUCUAUUGAAUACCUGGACCGAGGCGAAAUGGGGCUCUGCUCUUCAUCAGUUUACCAGUCCCAUACCACCAGAUCAGAGGAGGUUAAUCAGAAAACGUUUCCAAGAGUACUUAGCUUUAGAUAGUCACAAUACCAACUCACUCAAGCAUUUCGUAGACAUAUAUCAUGAGUGGUGUAAAUCAGUUUCUGUUAAGGAGUGCGAUAAAACUAACGAUGCUUUAUCAAUUUGUGAAAUUAUGAAGCUUAUCCGUCCUUCCGCUCAAGAUUCGUCCGCAGAUGUAGAGAGUAUAGGCCCAAGUACUGAUACUAGUUCAAAAAUUUCUCUUAAUGGGUCAUCUGUUACACCUGGAACCGGCAUACACCGAAGAACUUUGAGUGAGGGCGAUGAUAUUGAGUACCGAAGACCUAUUAAAACUAUCUUCAAUGUUGAUAAAACCACAGAGUCUAACAACGAUACACCAUUAACAUUAGCUUGUUCCAAUGGACAUAAAGAUAUGGUUAACAUCUUAGUUGCACGAGGGGCGAAUAUUGAACAUAGGGAUAAAAAAGGGUUCACUCCCCUCAUCUUGGCCGCCACAGGUGGACACGUUGGCGUCGUUCAUGCUCUUCUCACAGCCGGUGCCAACAUUGAGGCUCAAUCUGAAAGAACUAAAGACACUGCUCUCUCUCUGGCUUGUUCUGGUGGUCGAAAAGAAGUAGUUGAAGUAUUGCUAGCACAUGGAGCUAAUAAGGAACAUAGAAAUGUGAGUGAUUAUACGCCAUUAUCACUAGCAGCUUCUGGAGGCUAUGUGGAUAUAGUGAACAUGUUGUUAAAUGCUGGGGCUGAGAUUAAUUCGAGGACAGGCAGUAAGCUAGGAAUAUCCCCCCUAAUGUUAGCUGCAAUGAAUGGCCACAAGGAAGCUACAAGAGUUCUACUUGAAAAAGGUUCAGAUAUUAACGCUCAGAUUGAAACAAACAGAAAUACUGCUCUAACCCUGGCUUGCUUCCAAGGUCGCACAGACGUUGUUAGACUCCUUCUGCAGCAUAACGCAAAUGUAGAACACAGAGCAAAGACUGGUCUGACACCAUUAAUGGAAGCUGCGAACGGAGGUUACGUUGAAGUUGGCGUGCUUUUAUUGGAACAUAACGCUGAUCCUAACACUACACCAGUUCCUUCAAGUAGAGACACUGCUCUCACAAUAGCUGCAGAUAAAGGGCAUGAUAAAUUUGUGGAGAUGUUGAUAACCAAAGGUUCUGCUAUCGAUGCGAAAAACAAGAAAGGUUGUACUGCCUUGUGGUUGGCUUGUCACGGCGGCCAUCUGGACACUGUGAAGAUUCUUGUUGCGUUUGGAGCUCAUGUUGAUACCCAAGACAAUAGACGUGUAUCUGCCCUUUUAAUAUCAUUUCGUAAAGGCCAUUUGAAGGUUGUGGAUUACAUGGUCAAAUACGUGAAACAGUUUCCUAACCAUCAGGAAAUGUUUAGAUAUCUAACCACCCUGACUGCUGGUGACCAGAAGGUAACUAAGGAUCUCCAAGAUCUUCUUUGUAACGUCCAAAAAUGUAUAACAGUGAUCGUUGCCGCAACAAAGGCUCAAGCUGAACAAGCUAAUCGAGCCGCAGAAAGUUUGUUAGCUUUGUUAGCGGAAGAAGAAGAAAUGGCCAAAAACAAAAAACAGAAAAAGCAAAAAAAGAAAGAGGAAAAACGAGCAAAAAAGAAAAAGAAUGAAGACAAAGACAUUAAGAUAAAAGUGCUUAAAGAUGACGUUUCUCAGAAGAAUCAGAUUUCCAAAGAGUAUAGCGAGCCGGAGAGUGAAGAUGAGAGUAAUAAAGUCUUGGAAUCUGAAAGCAUAGACUCUAAUUCAUUCCAUCAAUCAGAGCUUGCUAAAGAAUCAUUGAUUCAGUCCCACGAACAGGAAAGCGAUGUGAAUACCUCCGAUAUCAACCCUCAUGAGGAAAGUACAGCAUCAAGUUUAGAAGCAGUGCUUAACAACAAAACAAAGCGCCAGCAUGGUCGGAAAGUUAAAGUUCUAGAAACGAAAAAUCCAUUACUGAAUGAAGCUAUCAUCCCAAUUAAACCCAAUCUGCCAGUACCAGCUGCGAUACUUCUGACGAACGUGAAGACUUCGCCUUCAACAGAUGAAUGGGUGAAGGCUAGUAAAAAAAAGCAGUCCAAGCUGAAAACAUCCUCUGUCCUAACUCCCGCUCCUCCUGUUCUACCUGCAACCUUAUGUGCUAAGGAAUACCACCUCGACGAUGCUUUCGUCUGGAAAGAUGCAGAUGCGGCUCGACGCAGUAAGUCGAAUACUCUCUGUGUUGGCAGUAGUGUUAUAGCCCGUGUAAUUGGGCGAGGUGGGUUUAAUAUCAAUGCUAUUCGAGAAGCCACUGGUGCCUCUAUCGAGGUUGAAAAACAAGGAAUAAAGAAAGAGCAGCACGAUCGGCAUAUUUUCAUUAAAGGGACUCAAGAUAUUGUGAGAAAUGCUACUCAAAUGAUCAAUGGGUUAAUCGCCGAUAAUGAUGCAUCUGUAACAGAUAUUAUUAGACAGGUUCUACGUGGGAACUCAUCAGUGGCAUCUUCCUCAUCGGAAAGUGGGAGCAAAGUAGAUGCGAAACAGCCUUUUGCGUCGGCUGGAACUACUAGGAGCUCGCAGGCAAGGACUACAACAAACAUCUGGCAACAAAGGAUGGCCGCUCGACAGCAACAAGAAACGAAUCAAGAACCUGCGUUGUCUCCUCCAAAUGUUAAGAAGGACAUAAACCUCAUAUCUUCAUCCUCAAUAAACAAAAGUCGUCAAGAAGCGGAUUUCAUUUUGAAACUUGAAGCAGUAGGGAUUCGCACUAAAGUUGAAAAUCCUGAUAUAACAAGUGCAUCGUCCCCAACGAAUGUAUCUUCAAAGAACUCAGAAGGUUCUAUAUCAAAAUGCAUUGUGCGCCCGCUUUCUCCCAAAGAGGAAGAUUUGAUGAAAGCUCCUGGAUAUCGACCUCAUAUCAUUUCAGAAAAAGCUAUGAACAAUAAAGUCGAGUCCAGUAAAACCCCAAUAAUGCCAACUUUCUUAGAGAAAGAAGAUGCUGCUAAAACAACUUUGAAUUUGGACGCAGCGUCUUUCUUAGACGAAACCACGAGUGCGAAGCUGGCACAGAUUUGGGGAGCUGGGUCCACUCCGAGUAAUAGCGAACCAGCUUGGGAUAGUCAAAUUCUUCUCAAUAACCUGAGUCUGAAUCUUGAUAAUUCGCGAUCCGACUGGCAAGUUUCCAACGAGCAGGAUUUUCUGGGAAUGAACUUUCAGCCUUCUUCUGCCAAGAAGCAAUCUGUUAAUUCUGCUGCCCCGCCUUCUUCAAACACCGAAUGGGCGGCUCCUGGGAACAAAACAAACCUUCCUAGUAGAUCUCAAUGCCGAUCAGCUGUUUUACAAAACUCCCCCCAGGCGCCUCCGAGUUUGUCGACGCAAGCUGCUCGCUCAUUUUCUGGAAAUCAGCAAAAUGAGAAUAGCGUGUUAUUUAACCAGCUUGCUGUACAGCUUCUCACUCACCAAGGAUCUUCAUCCACCAGCACAAGUCCAUAUUUUUCUUACACGGAUUCUACAGCGUCUUUGAAAUCGGUUUCUUCAAUUCCUACUCAAGCACCAAAAACUUUCAAUUCUUACCAGAAUGCUUCUCAAGAGUAUGAAAACUUGCACAAUUUACUUAAUUCAUCUUAUCCUUCUCAUGGCCUUUCUAAUCGGAGCUGUUCCGAUUUCAAUUCCCAACAAACCUAUGGAGCUUCUACAAUUGCACGAACCAUUAUGCCUAGUAGAACAACGGUACCUUUUAUUCCACCGCCGCCACCUCCAGGAUUCGGAGCAGUAGUCCCUCCACCUUCUGGUAAUAUUGGUACUAAUACUUCUGUUCCACCUCCUCCAAUACGAAACUCGUUUUUCAACAACCAAGUUCCUCCACCUUCACAUACUUCAGCAUUCAUGUAUAAUAGUCAACAGGCUAGUGGGAAUUGGAAUCAGUCUAUGCCACCUACGAACGUUCCACCCCAACAAAUGCAUUGGAAUGGUUGGAAAUAG